AUGCUCGCGAAGACUGCGAGGAAUGCGCUCGCAAAGCCGCGACCGACGUUUAGAUUUCGAGGUUGUCUCCACCUCAGCAAGAAUGGCGACGUCAGCACUCGAAGGCGUGCUUCCACUGCCACAAUCCCGGCCUCCGCGGAUGAUAGAUCCCUCAUCCCAUUAUUCGACCAACCCGAGGCAGGCACAAGCAGGGCUUCGACCAACUCGACGGGGCUUUUUGGGCACUCCUUCCUGACAAGUCCUGCCGCCUUCACUGCCCUUGCAAAUUCUACUCUGCGUCGAGCUCACCUGCUUACGGAGAGGAUUCUCCAGGCUCGACGGUCUCGUGAGGAAUUGUCCAAGGUUGUCAAGAACUUGGACCGGCUCAGUGACCUGUUAUGUGGGGUGAUAGAUUUGGCGGAGUUAGUGCGCAACGCUCAUCCUAGCGCACAAUGGGUAAAGACAGCGGAUGAAGUUUAUGAGACGCUAUGUGAGUUCAUGAAUGUCCUGAACACUCAUGUCGGACUGUACGAGGUCCUGAAUGCAGUCCUCUCCGACCGUGAAAUUGUGAAGUCCCUUAGUCGGGAGGCCUACCAGACAGCCCUGAUCUUCUGGCGAGAUUUCGAGAAGUCGGGUAUACGACUGCCACCAGAGCAACGCAACGAGUUUGUUUCGCUGUCAUCCGAAAUCAUCGUUCUUGGGCGGCAGUUCCUCAACGAAGCCGCGGCCCCUCGACCUCCCGCUACUAUAACGUCGUCCGAGCUGCGAGAUUUGAAGGACAAGGGGAUGGGGGUGAGGCUACAGCUUCAGGCUCGUUUCACUCAACGAGAAUUACUCGUAUAUCCUGGAUCAUUGCAAGCCCAAAUGAUUAUGCGGUCUGCUCCUUCAGAAGAGCCUCGACGAAAGCUCUAUAUUGCCUCGAACUCCAGCACUGCAGAGCAGAUUGCGACACUGGAAAAUAUGCUGAAAGCCAGGGCCAGACUUGCGCGGCUGGUGGGUAAAGAUAGCUACGCUCACAUGACGCUGGCCGAUAAAAUGGCUAGAUCACCGGAGAAUGUCCACCACUUCCUGGACGCUUUAUUAGACCACACGAGUCCUCAUGCUAGAGAUGCAUUGCUCGUGCUUAGCUUGAGGAAGCAGGCUCAUCUUGGUCUACCGAGCCCGCCGACGAUACAGGCUUGGGAUCGUGAUUACUACUGUCCCCCGGAGCCGCCUGCGCCUCCAGUUCCGUUACCACCUUUGACGCUAGGAACUGUCUUCAUGGCGCUCUCUCGCCUGUUCAGACACCUGUAUGGUAUAACUUUGAGGCCAGCGGAUGUCGAGCUUGGGGAAGCAUGGAAUACGGACGUUCGGAAACUGGAGGUUGUGGACGAGGAAACCGGCGUAAUUGGCUGGAUAUAUGCUGAUCUCUUCGGGCGGCGAGGAAAGGCUAGCGGCGCAGCUCAUUACACUGUGAGAUGUUCACGGAGAGUAGACGAUGACGAUGAAAAUGGCGACUUGGCGCUGCAGGGGCUCCAGCUCUCCGAUGCCGAAAGGCAAUCCUUGGAGUUGUCGAAAGCCUUCGAAGCCUUAGGCCGUCGACCUCUUCAUGGGCAUGAUGGCAUUUAUCAACUCCCCGUGGUGGUUCUUCUCUGCGACUUUGCACGUCCUUCGGCUCAGAGAGGGGCAACCGUUCUUGAAUGGCAUGAAGUUCUAACCUUGUUCCAUGAGAUGGGACAUGCUAUGCACUCUAUGAUCGGCCGCACCGAAUACCAGAACGUCUCCGGUACGCGGUGUGCGACGGAUUUCGUCGAAUUACCAUCGAUACUCAUGGAGCACUUCCUCAAUUCUCCCGCUGUUCUGGCAUUAUUUGACCCUAAGAGCAGAUCGUCCAGCCUACAAAUAGGCAAUUAUCACGAAGACGCUUGCCAUCACAUAGACACGCACUACCAAAUACUCUUGGCGAUACUGGAUCAAGCUUAUCAUUCACCUGAUGUCUUGCAGCCGGAGUUCGACUCGACAUCAACCUUCUCGUAUCUGCAAAAGGCACGCGGAUUGAUACCUUAUGUGCCGGGAACCUCUUUCCAGACGCAAUUCGGCCACCUCUUCGGAUAUGGCGCGACGUACUACUCUUAUCUCUUUGACCGCGCGAUUGCGUCGCGGGUUUGGCGGAUCUUAUUCUCUGACGACCCUUUGGACCGGGAGACAGGAGAAAGAUACAAGCAAGAAGUCCUGCGAUUUGGAGGGGGCAAUGACCCUUGGACAAUGGUUAGUACACUUCUUGAGGCCCCCGAACUUCGAACUGGUGAUGCUGCGGCAAUGCGGGAAGUCGGCCAAUGGAAAAUCGAGGACGAAGCAGGGAUGUCCAGUCGGCAUUGACAGAUUCGGUCGGCGUAAAUUGAACGUAACAGCAGGAUGCAGUGUUGUCAAGGUCGAAGUCGGAGG